AUGUUUCUCCAGCUUCACCACUUGGUCACUCUGCUCCUGCUCCUGGUGGCCGCCGAUCGCUGGCACCCCGCCACCGGUGGUGGAAGCAGCAGCGACGAUGACGGUCGGCAGUUCGCCUACAACGGCUUCGUGGGUGCGAACCUGACGCUCAAUGGCGGGGCCACCGUCACGCCGAACGGCCUCCUCAUGCUGACCAAUGGCACCCUUCACACGAAAGGCCAGGCCUUCCACCCGUCCCCGCUGCCGUUCCACACGGAGGCUAACGGCACCGGCGUCGUGCGGUCCUUCUCGACCACUUUCGUCUUCGCCAUCUUUGGCCCGUACGCCUACCUGAGCAGCCACGGACUGACCUUCUUCGCCUCAGCGUCCAGGGAGGUGCUCUCCACUGCGCUUCCAGGCCAGUUCUUGGGCCUCCUCAAUGGCACCAAUGGCAACCAGAGCGCCCGUAUCUUCGCCGUGGAGCUCGACACGCUCCUCAAUGCCGAUUUCCGUGACAUUAACAGCAACCAUGUUGGUGUCGACAUCAAUAGUCUGAUAUCCAUCGAUUCUGCCGACGCCGGAUACUACGAUGAUACCACAGGUCGGUUCCAGAACCUAAGCCUGAUCAGCCGGAAGGCAAUGCAAGUGUGGGUGGACUACGAUGGCAUGGCCACGGAGAUCACCGUGACCAUGGCUCCCCUGGGCAUGGCCAGGCCCAAGAAGCCGCUCCUGCGGACCACCGUCGACCUCUCGGGUGUGGUGCAGAGCACGGCGUAUGCCGGAUUCUCGUCGGCCACGGGCGUCAUGUCCACACGCCACUUCGUCGUUGGCUGGAGCUUCGCACUGGACGGGCCAGCCCCGGCACUGGACAUCUCAGCGCUGCCAGCCUUGCCGCGCGCCUGGCCCAAGCCACGGUCGAGGGUCCUGGAGAUUGUGCUGCCUAUAGCGUCGGUGGCGCUGGUUUUCGCUGUGGGCAUCGGAGUGUGCAUCUUCGUACGACGGCGUCUCAAGUACUCCGAGCUGCGCGAGGACUGGGAGGACGCGUUCGGCCCCCACCGAUUCUCUUACAAAGACUUGUUUCAUGCGACCAAGGGGUUCAGCAACAAGACUCUGCUCGGAGUAGGAGGCUUCGGAAGUGUCUACAGGGGUAAACUCCGCAAGCCUGACAAGGAGAUCGCCGUAAAGAGGGUCUCCCAUGAGUCGAGGCAGGGGAUGAAGGAGUUCGUCGCCGAGGUUGCAAGCAUCGGGCGACUACGGCACCGCAACCUGGUGCCGCUGCUUGGUUACUGCCGGCGCAAGGCGGAGCUUCUCCUGGUUUACGAUUACAUGCCAAACGGAAGCCUUGAUAAGUACUUGUAUGAUGGAUCCGCAGGUACACUGGAUUGGCCUCAAAGAUUUCACAUAAUCAGAGGGGUGGCUUCUGGGUUACUGUAUCUCCAUGAGGAUUGGGAGCAAGUUGUCAUCCACCGAGAUGUGAAAGCAAGCAAUGUUCUCCUAGACAGCGAGAUGAAUGGGCGGUUAGGGGAUUUCGGCCUUGCAAGGUUGUACGACCAUGGAGCGGACGCCCAAACAACGCAUGUGGUUGGCACCAUGGGCUACCUAGCUCCUGAGCUUGGACACACCGGCAAGGCAACCCCGUCCACUGAUGUGUUCGCCUUCGGUGCAUUCCUUCUGGAAAUCACGUGUGGGCGGAGGCCAAUUGAGCAAAACGAGCGCAACAGCCGCAUCGUGCUCGUGGAUUGGGUGAUCGAGCAAUGGCGCAACGGAUUGAUUGUUGAUGUGGCGGAUACGAGAAUUCCUGAUGGGUUUAAUCCGGACAAGGUCUCACUGGUGCUGAAACUAGCACUGCUCUGCUCACACCCAUUGCCCACCGCGAGGCCAACCAUGCGACAGGUCAUGCAGUACCUUGACGGUGACAUGCUCCUCCCAGACUUGUCACCGGCGUACCUCAGCUUCAGCAUGCUGGAGCGGAUGUACAAUGGGGAGUUCAACCAGAACGUGAUGCCAUACGCUUCAUCAGCGAGCGCAGGUGCCAUUUCUGAUCUCUCGGGAGGAAGGUGA